CAUGACUGUUAUUUGUGUAAAUGUAGCCUAUUUUGAUUCUUUCCACCACUGAGCGUUAAAAAGGCCUUAAAAUCGGAGUUUGGCAAAACCCGCAGAAACACCCCAGAGGGAGACAGUUCAAGUAUGUGGACAGAUUUUUACUAUCUUGUUUUACAAUACGUGGCGCUAACCAGCAGCUCCAGAUGAAUAUUACACCAUCAGUCAUUUUGCCUAAUCGGAGGGGUGAAGUAUUUUGAGAUGACCUGGCGCUCUUCGUGCGCCAUUCCGCGCAGAGAGACACCUGUCGCUGCGAACUAAAUGAGCUCUUCUUCAGCUUGGUUUUGACUUGACAGCUCGGUGUGUUCUGGGAAAAACCUCGGCCGUGGUUGGUCGGGUCGGGUCAGCAUUAAUCCGGCUUCUCCCCGAUCAAGUGGGUGGAAACACCGUUCAGAAAUUCAGCUCACACACACACCUUCUCGUUUAUUAAGGAAGUUGACUCCUGUCAGUUUAACCGGCGCCGCGCAGAACGCAAAGAUGAGCAUCACAGAGGUAAACAGUGAUAACUACACAAACAAUUGCAAGAAGGCGAAAAUGAGUGAAGACUCCUUACCCCUGCACCUGGACAGCAUCCCUCCAGAGGUGAAGAAGUACCUGAAGCCCUUCCUCCUGUCUCAGGAGAAGCUGCAGGAGAUUUCUGCUCGGCUGAAGAAGAAUAUGAUUCAAGGUCUGGGGAAACACACACAUCACAAGGCGCCUGUAAAGAUGCUGCCCACCUUCGUCAGGGCCACCCCGGAUGGGACAGAGAAAGGCGACUUCCUGGCAUUGGAUCUUGGUGGGACGAACUUCCGUGUUCUUUAUGUGCGUGUGAUGGAGGAGGAGCAGAAGGUGCUGAAGAUGGACAGUCAGAUCUGUGCCAUCCCUCAGGACAUCAUGCGGGGAACUGGAGAGCAGUUGUUCGACCACAUCGCAGCCUGUCUUGCUGAUUUCCUUGACUCUCAGAAUCUGAAGGGACAAACUCUCCCUCUGGGCUUCACCUUCUCCUUCCCCUGUGAACAGAUUGAAAUUGACAAGAGCAUCCUGAUCCACUGGACCAAAGGCUUUAGCUGCUCUGAAGUGGAGGGAAAAGACGUGGUGAAGUUACUGAGGGACGCCAUUCACAGGAGAGCGGACUAUGAUAUAGGCUCGGUCGCCAUGGUGAACGACACGGUGGGCACGAUGAUGAGCUGCGGCUACAAGGACCAGAGCUGUGAGAUCGGCAUGAUCAUUGGAACAGGCACCAACGCCUGCUACAUGGAGGAGAUGAAGAACGUGAAGCGUGUGGAGGGCGAGGACGGGCGGAUGUGCAUCAACACAGAGUGGGGUGGCUUCGGAGACGACGGCAGCCUGGAAGACAUCCAGACACAGUUUGACGUAGUAGUGGACAAGACAUCCAUCAACCCUGGCAUCCACAUCUUCGAGAAGAUGAUCAGCGGCAUGUAUCUGGGAGAAAUCGUUCGGCUGCUGCUGGUGAAGCUGACAGAGGACAAGCUGCUGUUUAAGGGAAAGACGUCAGAGGCGCUGCUGACCCCUGGCAGAUUCGAGACAAGAUUCAUCUCUGAGAUUGAGGAGCAGGACCGUGGUCUGAAAAACUGCCAGAAUAUUCUGACUGAGUUGGGCCUGAAAUGGGAUUCAGUUGAUGUCCGUUUGGUGCGUCUGGUUUGCGACACUGUCUCCAUACGCUCUGCCCAUCUUUGUGCUGCUGCCCUGGCAACCAUCGUCAACCGCAUCCGUGAAAACCGCGGGCUGGACUAUCUGAAGACCACUGUUGGGGUGGACGGGACAGUUUACAGAAAACACCCCAAUUUCAGCGACAAGCUCCAAGCGAUGGUGCACCGCCUCGCCCCUAACUGUAGCAUCACCUUCCUCGUCUCGGAGGACGGCAGCGGGAAGGGCGCUGCCAUGGUAACAGCUGUGGCUCAGCGGCAGGCACUGUCCCACCUGUUAGAGGACAGUGACAGUGACCGUAAAGAGGAUGAGGAGGAGGAUAAAUAAGUGUAGAGACAUUUGGGCGCAGAGCAAGUAGACGAUUAGCCUGUGAACACAAAGAAGCAUAAAAUCAAAUUUAGCUUUUAAAUACUGCUAUAUUUUUAUACAGCUACUUUUGCUAAAACUGUGCAGAAGAUAAAGUACUCAGAUUUUUUACUUCAGUAAAAGUAGCAAUACCACAGUGUAGAAGUACUCUUGGAAGUGCAUUCAAAGCUUUACUUCACUACAAAAUCCAAGAUGAGUAUUCACUUUGCAAUUUAAGGUUUUUGGUAAAAUAAGUACACAAUAAACUAAACAACCAACUGUGACGACAGGCAUUUACAGCGAACCCCACCUUGAACAAUGACACUGCAUUCAGUCAACCAUAAUGGUUUGUUAAAGUGAUGGAAGAAGUGAAAGAACCAAUGUAGAAGUACUCUUUUACAAGUAAAAUAAUACAUUUCUGAAUAAUAAUGUAUGAAUGUGUUCAUUGCUGCUGUAGCUGGUAAAGCUGUGGCUAGUUUUCAUUACUCCACAUCCUGGAGGUGCAGAUUUAGACUUCACCUGAUCACUUUAUAGAAAUAUUAAAUAGGUAAUACUUCACUUCCAGUAACUAGAACAUAAAUGUGCUAUUAUGUUACAUAAAUCUAAUAACAUGAGGCUCACAUUGAUUGAUUGAUUGAUUGAUUUUAUUCUUUCAAGCAUGUAAAGACAGUCGAUAUGUCAACACACAUAA